UAUGAAUUAGAUCUUUGCUUGUUGGAUUGUACAUGAACGUGAAUGAAUGAACAUAAUAAGAUAAGAGUCGGUAGUAGUAGAUAUAUUGAUAGAUUGAUCUUUUCUGAUCAAAGUUGUGGAAUAAGAGAUCCGUAGCCGUCAUGGUCGUCGAGCAAAUGGCGUGAGGGAUUGUCAUGCGCGGAUGCCCCUUUUGUCUCUCUCUCUCUCUUCCUACUCUCUCUCUAUAAUUAUAUAUAUAUAUAUAUAGAUUGAUAGAUAUAUAUGUAUGUAUUUAUGGAUCGCUCACGGGAUUGAUUGCUUCGAGAUAAAGAAUCGCGUUCGGGUGACAGAGUAUGACGACUCUGCGACUCCUCAAUACCGAUCAGGGACGGGAGUGUUUGGUUCUCGAGAAAAUCGGAUUUCAAAACUAUUUCUUGCUUUGAGCAAGUAAAGUUGCAGUGAAUUGGGGAAGGUUGAAGGCAAAGAAAAGUGACAAUUCCACAAUUUAAAAAUUGGGGGAAAAAGUGAGGAGCAUAAAAUUGCAGCGGAGAAGAGGAUCAAAGAAGUCCAAAUUUUGUUGAAGAUUACAAUAAUUCAGCACCAACGAAAUGGCAACACUUGUGGACCCUCCAAAUGGUGUUUGGAUUCCAGGGAAGCAUUACUACUCAAUGUGGCAAACAUUGUUUGAAAUCGAUACGAAAUACGUUCCAAUCAAACCCAUUGGCAGAGGAGCCUAUGGUGUAGUGUGUUCUUCCAUUAAUAGGGAAACAAACGAGAAAGUUGCAAUCAAAAAGAUCAAUAAUGUGUUCGGGAAUCGUGUUGAUGCAUUGAGAACUCUCAGGGAGUUGAAGCUGCUUAGGCACAUACAGCAUGAGAAUGUGAUUGCUCUCAAGGAUGUUAUGAUGCCCAUCCACAGAACGAGUUUCAAGGAUGUGUAUCUGGUUUAUGAAUUAAUGGACACGGAUCUUCAUCAUAUCAUAAAGUCAUCGCAACCACUCUCUAACGACCAUUGCAAAUAUUUUAUUUUUCAGUUGCUUCGUGGGUUAAAGUAUCUUCAUUCAGCAAAUGUGCUUCAUCGAGACCUGAAGCCUGGAAACCUCCUCAUCAAUGCGAACUGUGAACUGAAGAUUUGUGAUUUUGGGCUGGCACGAACCAGCAGAGACAACGGACAAUUCAUGACCGAAUAUGUUGUCACACGUUGGUACAGAGCACCAGAACUCCUCCUCUGCUGUGACAAUUAUGGAACCUCCAUUGAUGUCUGGUCUGUAGGAUGCAUCUUUGCUGAAAUUCUUGGCCGGAAACCCAUCUUCCCUGGAACUGAGUGCCUCAACCAGCUUAAAUUAAUUAUCAAUGUUCUUGGCAGCCAACAUGAAGCUGAUCUUGAGUUUAUUGAUAAUACAAAGGCCAGGAGGUUUAUCAAAUCACUCCCUUUUUCUAGAGGGAUCCACUUUUCUUCUCUAUACCCCCACGCUGAUCCUUUAGCUAUAGACUUGUUGCGAAGGAUGCUCGUGUUUGAUCCAUCAAAGAGGAUCACGGUCACUGAAGCUCUCCAUCACCCAUACAUGCAAGGUCUGUUUGAUCCCAGCCGCAACCCUCCUGCCCAAGUCCCAAUCAAUCUCGACAUAGAUGAGAAUAUGGCUGAACCAAUGAUUAGAGAGAUGAUGUUGAGAGAAAUGCUUCACUAUCAUCCUGAAGCUGCUUAUGCCAAUGCAUAGGUAAUGCACUUAUUUUCAGAACGCUUUUCCUUUCUCUUUUCUUUUGUGUUUUUAAAAUCUAUUUAUCUUUGUAUAAGGCCUCUGUGAAACUAGUUUAAUUCUUGUGUAGGAGUAUGCGUAAGAGACUUAUGCUACUACUUUCGUGAUUGUUUGGAAGUUUUGUUUUUUCUAAGUUUGAGCCUUUUGCAUGGGACAUGGGCUUUUGUAACUAGUAAAUAAGUAUGUUACUUCUUUUCCGGUGAGUAAUGGAUACACGCUAUUUUGAAUGGUUUAAAUUAACUUUUCACUUCUA